CACGCGCCUUGACGCGAACCGUGACGAACAUUUGCAGCCUUUGGCUGCCACACUCUUCUCUUCCCUCCUUGUACAUUAUCGACUUCACUGAUAGCAAAUAUGCCCCUUGUACGCAUUGAGCUUUGCGACUUCAAGUCAUAUCGCGGACACCAAACCAUUGGACCGUUCAAGAAUUUCACGUCAAUUAUUGGACCUAAUGGAGCAGGAAAGUCCAAUUUGAUGGAUGCCAUAUCCUUCGUUCUGGGUGUGAAGAGCGCACAGCUACGUAGCUCUCAAUUGAAGGAUCUUGUGUACCGCGGUCGGAAACUAGCCAAGAGCGGCAUUGAAGAGGGAACCGGAUCUGUUGAUGAGGACGAUGGUGAUGAGGGUGAGGGCACCGCUAGGAAGGCAUGGGUGCUAGCAGUGUACGUAGACGGGGACGGAAAAGAGUGGCUGUUUCAACGAACGAUCUCUACCACUGGCGCUUCGGAAUACAAACUUAACGGCAAGGUUGUUACAUACACCAACUACAACGCCGCUCUCAUCUCCCAUAACAUCCUUGUCAAAGCCAAGAAUUUCCUCGUUUUCCAGGGUGAUGUUGAAGCUGUCGCGUCUCAGUCACCCCGCGAACUUGCAAAGCUUAUAGAGCAAAUCAGUGGAUCUCUGGAGCUUGCUGCAGAAUAUGAAAAAGCUAAGGAGGACCAAGAGCGGGCGACUGAGAACGCAACGUUUAACUUUUCGAAGCGACGUGGAAUCGCGGGGGAGAUCAAGCAAUACAAGGAGCAAAAGGGUGAAGCAGAAAGAUUCGAAGCUUUGUGUCAAAAACGCGACCAUUUGAAUCUCCAACGGAUCCUCUUCAAGCUUUUUCAUAUCGAAGAGAACAUAGAUUCGAACUCAAGAGAAAUUACGACGCAAAAUAAGGCGUUAGCAGGGCUUCGAGAUGAACAACGUAUCCAUGACCAGGCUUUGGAGACAGCCCGUGCAGACCAGGCUAAAUCGCGGACAUCAGUCAUGCAAAUGGAGAAGAAGAUAAAAAAGGCCGAUAAAUCACUAGAAGGAAAGAAACCCGACCUCGCGGCCCUAGAGGCCCAAAUUGCUCACUCUACCCGCAAGAUGAACAAGGCCAAGAAGACGAAGGAAGAGGUGGAAAAAACGGAGCGGGACGUCAGCGAACGCGUGAAUAAGCUGCAGAAUGAACUUGAGACUGUACAGAAGGCUGCCAACGUGGCUCAAGAGGCACAGAGGAUGGCUUCACAGCAUAACAUGGCUCUGAGUGAAGAGAGUCUGGAGGAGUAUGCGCGAUUGAAAGCCUCUGCAAGCUCGCUGGCCGUCGAUGAGCGACAAUCGCUAGAAAUGCUGACCAGGGACGAGAAAACCUCAGGACGGACCCUAAAUCUUCUCCGAGAAAAACAGCAAAGCUAUACCGAGAAGCGGAAUCAGCGAAUCGAAGACUCUCGUCUGCAGACUGAGAAGAAGGCCGAGCUGGAACAGAAAAUAUCCACCCUUCAGGCUGAGCUAGCUGCUACCAAGCAGGAACUGGACAAUCAACAAUCGGAGCGGACUAAGAUUGCGCAAUUAGAAGCUCAAGCUAACGAAAAACUUCAACACAUCUACCAGCAGUUAUUGCAAGCAGGCGUUGACCAGCACGAGUCGGAAAAGGAGGCUAAGUUGAAGGAAACCUUGGCCAAUCUUCAACGCCUGUUUCCAGGUGUUCGCGGACGUGUUGUCGACCUGUGCAAGCCUUCUCAAAGGAAGUACGACACCGCAGUGUCUGUUGUGCUGGGACGGAACACGGAUUCUGUCGUUGUUGACGAAGAGAGGACAGCCAUUGACUGUAUUGAGUACAUGCGCACGCAACGCGCCGGACAGGCGACAUUCAUACCUUUGGACACGAUUCAAGUGAAGCCAGUCAAUGACAAGUUCCGGUCAUUUGCGAAAGGAGCGAGGUUGGCACUCGAUGUGAUACAGUAUGAACCGGCGGUAGAGCGGGCUUUGCAUCAUGCGUGUGGCAACGCCCUCGUUUGUGAUACGAUGGAGGUGGCGAGGAUGGUCUGUUACGAAAAAGGGCAGGAAGUGAAAGCUGUGACGUUGGAGGGUACAAUCAUUCACAAGAGUGGUUUAAUCACUGGUGGCCGGAGUACUCAUGGUGGAGGAAAGAAGUGGGAUGAAAAGGAUGUACAAGGCCUGAAACGUCAAAGAGAUUCGCUUCUUGGCACGCUUCGCGAUCUCAGCAAGCAGAAGCCUCGUGGAAAGAAUGAUGACAACCUCUUUGCAGAGGUUUCUCGUCUAGAAUCGGCAAUUACUAUCUCAAAGGAUGAUCUGACUGCUUGCAAGCUCCGGCUCACGGGUAUCAAAGAUGAGCUUCGGCACAUCGACAAGGAACUGAAGAACAAUACACCCGAGUUGAAAAAGGUCCAAAGCGCAUACGAUAACCUACAGGGUCAGAUUGCCAACCUCAAGUCUUCGAUCAAUACUGCUGAAGAUCGAGUGUUCUCGUCUUUCUGCCGGAAGAUCAAAGUUUCGCACAUCCGUGAAUAUGAAGAACGCCAAUUGAAGGUUGCCCAAGAAGAAAGUGAAGCCCGAUUACGAUAUGACAGUCAGAUAGCACGUUUGACGCAUCAGCGCGAUUUUGAAAGCGAAGCACUGGAGAGUGCGCGCGAGCGUUUACAGCAUCUUGAGGGUGUAAUAUCAACCGAAGAGGGUGUUCUGGAGAAGCUCAAGGAUCAGAAAGAAGCCGCGGAGAACGAUAUAUCCAAUUCGGAGGCCAUGAUAGCGUCGCUUAAGGAAGAACUGACAACACUGCAGUCGACCCUCGAAGAAAAGACCAGGCAUGUAGACCAAGUGAAGAGGACUACACUCAAGGCAUCGAAAGUUCUCGAACAGGCUCUCAAAGAGAUCACACUUCGAAACGACGAAAUCGAGAAACUUGCUCUAGAGCGUUCUGCGAUUUAUCGUAAAUGUCGGUUGGAGGAAAUUAAACUGCCUUUACUGGAAGGUAACUUGAGGAAUGUACCGAUGGAAGAGAAUCUCCGUGACGAAGUCGCCAUGGAUGUUGACGAAGAUGAAGAUGGCACGCAGCAACCCAAACGUGUUGACGAUUUUGGCAUUGAAGUCAACUUCGAGACCCUAGAUGAUGACGAACGAGAGGAUGGUUCCGCAGAGGCGCUGGCGGAAUUUGAUGCCUCAAUAAGCAAAUUAAACGGAGAAAUUGAACGUAUGGCUCCGAACCUCAAAGCUAUGGAACGUCUCGAUGAUGUUGAGGUCAAGUUGGCCGAAACGGAGAGAGAGGCAGAACAGGCUCGUAAGGACUCAAAGAACGCACGCGAUCAAUUCCAAGAAAUCAAGAAAAAGCGAUGUGACUUAUUCAACAAGGCCUACAACCACAUCUCCGACCGGAUUGACGUCGUUUACAAGGAUCUGACUAAAGGAAAGGCCGCUCCCAUGGGUGGUGUAGCAUACCUCAGUUUGGAAGACAAUGAGGAACCAUACAACGCGGGUAUUAAAUAUCAUGCGAUGCCACCCAUGAAGCGUUUCCGGGAUAUGGAACAGCUCUCUGGUGGUGAGAAGACUGUUGCCGCCCUUGCGCUGCUAUUCGCUAUUCACAGCUAUCAACCCGCGCCUUUCUUUGUUUUGGAUGAGGUCGACGCCGCUCUUGACAACACGAACGUUGCCAAGAUUGCCAACUAUAUACGUGCUCAGGCUUCGGAUUCUUUCCAAUUUAUCGUCAUCAGCUUGAAGGGUUCAUUAUAUGAACGAGGCAAUUCCCUCGUCGGAAUUUACCGUGACCAGGAGGUCAAUAGCUCAUCUACUUUGACUUUAGACCUCACACAAUACGACGAGUGAGGGAUGGCGAACGCUGUUUGUUUGAUCUUUACCUGUGCUGUUGUUUUAACGCUUUGAGAAGUUGCUCUGAUGUUUCCUUCUGUACGAGUAGCACCUGAUUUCCGUAUUAUUAUUUUCCUUAUAUGAAAGGUAUUUCAGCGCCAUGUACUACCAAUCCAAAGUGAUGCAAGAGAUAUA